AUCACUAAAUUUGAAUUGAGAAUUUAAUUUAAUCAUGUUGCCUAAUUAGUAAUUUAAUGUUUCUCUCCAUUAAUUGUUUUAUUUGACAUUUCGAAUAGUUUAUUAAUUAGAGAGCUAGUUGGCUGUAUUUUCUUUGAGAUAAUUGAAGUCAUUUAUUGAUGGAAAAUAAAAUCUCAGCUGAUGUUAUGUUCUCAUCACGUGAUAAUCUACACAUGGUUUACCUUUGAAUGGAAAAUUUUUUGUUGUUUUUUUUACAAUUUAAUUAUCUUUUUCUUUAAUUAGUUAUUGUGGUUUGUUUAAAUAUUGGGAAUUAGUUUUUUUUGUGUAUGUUGAGAAUGUUUCCAAUCAAUUGCUGGCGAAUUGGUGGAUGUCUUUUUUCUCGACAAUUGUUUUUUUCAUCUUCCAUUAACAGUAAACUCAACUAUUCAACAACGAAAACAUCAACCAUCCUUACAGAUGAUAAAUUAACUGGCCAAUUUUAUCAAAGUUCAUUUGAUUCAUUUGAAACGAUGAUAAAAGAUGAAAAUCUUUACGCUGAAAGUUGUAUUUUACUUGAGGAUACAACAAAAAAAUUAGAGUUUAUUUCUAAAGGUUUGAUGGAGCAGAUUUUAGACUCUCCGAUUGACAAAAUUUACAAAUAUUGUCUUAAAUCUCAUCGAUAUUGUUUAAUUAAACUGAAUGAUUAUUCAAUGUUUUUCAAGAAGAAUAAGAAAAAUUUUCUCCAUCAAUCAUUUCCAGUUAACUCGAGAGUAUUCACCAUUUUACCAAGUCAAUUCAUCACUGAUAAUUUGGAAAAGGAACCAGAAAUGAUACCCGAUCUAUUGAAUAAUCGUCAAUCUUGGUGGAAAUUGAUCAAUUCAACAAUUCAAGAAGAAAGUGAUUCAUUCAUAGAUACAUUGGCCAAUAGUGUUAUCCUUAAUGAAUUAGAAACAAAAUUGAGAUUUUUUCUCAACAAUCAACUAAGCGAGUUGAUUUGUGAUGGACCUUUCAAUCAACUGAGAUUAUCGCCUUUUGGUUCAUCCGUAAAUGGAUUUGGUUGGAACCAAAGUGAUUUAGAUUUAUUUUUAUCACCCCAGUCAUCACCUAGAAUUCAAGAUAAUGUUUAUGGUUUAAAUUUAGUAUCCAGUAAGACGAUGGUCGGUGAUAAACUGGACACACAAAGAAUUUUAAACAUUGUAACUGGAUAUUUAAAGGAUUUUGUCCCCGGUGUCCAGAAUGUCGCACCCAUACUUAUGGCUCGAGUGCCAAUAAUCAAAUUUGCUUCGACUUCAUGUGGACUGGAUGGAGAUUUAACAUUUUUUCCUGAUUCCAGGGACAGUGGAAUCGACAUUGCUCAUGUUCUCCAUGAAUUUUCUCGGCUUGACAUUCGAGUGAUCAAGUUGGUGGUAUUUACUAAAUUAUGGGCAAUGCAACAAAUUAUCACUCGAUCGGCUCCUGGUGUUUGGAUCAACAGUUUUGGCCUGAUGAUGUUGGUUGUUCACUUUUUACAAAUUCGAUCUCCUCCUCUUUUACCACCAAUCAGUCAACUUAAUGUGAUUUACGAUCCAUAUCAAGCUCGCACCAGUACCAAAAAAACCAAUGACCUGACCUAUGAUGAGACAACACCUUUCAUGACCUUGUUGACUGAAUUUCUCCAUCACUUGGCAACCUUUGACUUCGAUAAUUAUGGCUGCAAUGUAAUGGACGGAUUAGUGGUCACUAAGCCAACUUCUAGUCCACUUUACAUUGAAAAUCCAACCCAUAGGCAUCUAAAUGUUUGUAAAAAUAUUACAAAAAAUGAAUUAACUAAAUUAAUUUUGAUUGCCAAUGCAUCUCAUAGCAGUUUAUGUAAAGGAAACCAUGUUAGUCAAUUACUGAAGCCAUUUUCAAGAAAAUCAAUCAAUGUAGAAGAUUUUUUCAAAGAAGAUUAAAUUUCUUACAAACCGA